GUUCUGUCCCGGUCCCGGUUCUGUCCCGGUUCCGUGAUGUCUCUCUGGUCCCGGUGCCCGUUGGUCGAGGACAGUUUCAGCCGCCUCGGCUCCCAGAGCAACGUCUACGGCCUGGCCGCGCUGCCCGGGGCCGUUCCCCCGCCCGGGCCUGGCCCGGGUCCCGGUGCGCUGUUGGCAGCGGCUCUCAAGGGAAAGGUUUUGCUGUUCCGGUACCGGCAGCUGCGGCCGCGCCUGCGGCCCCUGGCCCGGGAGCUGCAGUUCACCUACAUACCCAUGGAUGCUGAGAUCGUUUCCAUCGAUUCCUUCCCCAAAUCCCCGCCCCAGCGCGGCCUCGUGGUGGGGAUCACCUUCAUCAAGGACUCGGGGGACAAACCCAGCCCCUUCCUCAACAUUUACUGCGACUACGAGCCCGGCUGCGAGUUCGACCUGGACUCGGUGGCCCAGAGUUGCCUGAACCUGGAGCUUCGCUUCACCCCCUUCCAGCUGUGCCACGCCCAGGUCAGGGUGGGGGAGCACCUGGAGACCGUGUUCCUGCUCAGGAAUGACCCUGCAAUCCACAUGUACCGAGAGAACCCCGGCUCUCACCAGUUUGAGGAGCAGCCGAUCCAGCUGCUCUUCCCCGAGCUCCAGGACCUGCCCAGCACGGUGCUGUGGUUGGACGUUCGCUCCCUGCCCGGUUCCGGCCAUCGCCUCUCGGCCCUGGGCUGCCAGAGCGGCUUCGUGCGGGCGGCGCGCGUGGACGAGGGGACACGAGUUAUUUUGCAGACCUGGAGCUCCCAGCAGGACGGGCCCAUCUCAGCUGUGCUGCUCUUCCAGCUGCCCCCCCAAUUUCCUGCAGAGGAUCCCGAGGAUUCCUGGAGCCUCCUGGUGAGCAGCACCCUGGAGUCGGCUGUGGUUUAUAGGAGGCUCCUGAGGCGGGGCCUGGCCGAGCCCCUGGCGCUGCCCGGCAGCCGCGGCUCCGACGCCGUCGUUUGUGCCAAAGUCACCGACGUCGACUUCGACGGCGCCGCCGAGGUCUUGCUGGGCACCUACGGCCAGGAGCUGCUCUGUUACAAAUAUUUUGGGUCGAGUUCGGGCGAUUUUGGCCAAUUCCGGCCCUUGUGGUCGCGCCGUUUCCCGUCCCCGCUGCUGGCGCUGGAGCCGCUGGACCUGACGGGGGAUGGGCUGCAGGAGCUCGCCGUGGUUUGCCUGGGGGGGCUGCACGUGCUGCAGCACAGCCUGGAGCCGACGGCGCGGCUGCUCCGGGAGCGGCUGCGGAGGGAGGUGCAGCAAAAAUGGGGCCAAAAACGGCAAAAUCGGGAAAAAAACACAGAAAAUCGGGAAAAAACCCCGGAAAGUUGGGAAGAAACGGCGGAAAAAUGGGCAAAAAACCUGGAAAAACAGGAAAAAAACCCUGGAAAAAUGGGAAGAAACCCCGGAAAAAUGGGGGAAAAACCUGGAAAAAAGAGAAAAAAUGGCAGAAAAUUGGGGGAAAAAUGCGGAAAAUUGGGCAAAAAGCCUGGAAAAGGCCGAGGAGGAAGAGGAGGAGGGGGAGAGCCCCUCCCCCACCCCAAAACCUGCGGAAUUCCAAUAAAAAAUUCCCAAAAAAAUUCCGAAAAAUGGCUCCUCGAGGGGCGCCAUGGCGGCGCUGGGCCCGGCGCUGGCGGCCUGGCUGCUGCUGAGCCCUCGGGCUGCUCGGCGGCGGCCCCGGCGAUCACCGACGGCCCCAACGGACGUCCGGACGAGCCGGCGGCGGGCGACAAGGCGGCGCGCGCCAUCGUCUACUUCGUGGCCAUGAUGUACCUGUUCCUGGGCGUGUCCAUCAUCGCCGACCGCUUCAUGGCCUCCAUCGAGGUGAUCACGUCGCGCGAGAAGGAGAUCACGGUCACCAAGGCCAACGGCGAGACCAGCGUGGGCACGGUGCGCAUCUGGAACGAGACCGUCUCCAACCUGACGCUGAUGGCGCUGGGCUCCUCGGCGCCCGAGAUCCUCCUGUCGCUCAUCGAGGUGUGCGGGCACCGCUUCCAGGCCGGCGAGCUCGGCCCGGGCACCAUCGUGGGCAGCGCCGCCUUCAACAUGUUCGUGGUGAUCGCCCGU